AUGAGUGUUCAUGAAGAAAGUGAGAGCGGCGAUGAAGUUAUGUGCACUCCGCCUGAGGUUGCUGCAAUGGCGGAAUCAAUUAUGCCUGAGCUUUUGCCUGAAAAAUCGAGAAAUCGGUACGAAAAAGAACGAGAGAGGUUUUUUAAUUGGUGUAAAAUGAAACAAGUCAAGCGGUAUACAGAAACCGUGUUGCUUGCCUAUUUUGUCGAAAAAUCUGGAAAAUUGAAAUCAUCGACACUGUGGUCAAUGUAUUCCAUGUUGAAAAGUAUGUUGAUUUUGCAAGACAACGUCGACAUUUCCAAGUAUGCCAAGUUACAAUCGUUUUUGAAACGUAAAUCUGUUGGUCACAAGCCGAAAAAAUCGCUGACUUUUACGAGGCAACAAAUCAGUACGUUUUUAGAGGAAGCACCCGAUGAAACAUUUUUAAUGAUGAAAGUUGCUCUAAUAUUAGGAGUUGCUGGGGCUUGUCGUCGAGAGGAGUUGACGAAAAUGACGGUGAACGAUAUCCAAGGCGAAGAUACGUUUUUACUCGUAACGAUUCCAGACUCCAAAACGCAUGUUCCAAGAACUUUUUCUGUUACGGAGGGAAAAGAGAAUUGGAUACACUUGUACCAGAAAUAUAAAGCGCUUCGUCCUCAAAAUGCUCAAACUUCGCGACUUUUUUUAAAUUAUAAAAUGGGAAAAUGUACCGUAUAACCUGUGGGUAUUAAUACAUUUGGAGCAAUUCCUAAGAACAUUGCGAGUUACCUGAAAUUGCCUAAUGCUUCUAGUUUUACGGGUCAUUGUUUUCGGCGUACCUCCGCAACGCUACUUGCUAAUGCUGGAGCAGACCUUUUGAGUCUUAAACGUCAUGGGGGCUGGCGGUCGUCGACGGUAGCGGAAGGAUACGUAGAUGGUUCUCUUCAAGGCAAAUUAGAAGUAUGUAACAAAAUAAUUGGUAAUGAUUGUCAAUCAAAUGAUCCUUGCUCAUCUUCG